AUGUUCAAGUAUUUACGUUAUUGUCGACCAGCGUUUAUUGUUUCUGCAGUUGCAGCUACGCCAUUGUUUUAUCCGCGUAUUUUUCUGGAGGUGAAGCAGGUUGUUGUUGACUCGUCGCUUAAUCCGUUUCCCACAGAGAUUAAGAAAGGGUUUUUUCAUAAUGAUUUUGAGCUAUUAGGUCAUGGAGUCAGGUCUGUCACGUUUAUCGCGUUUAAGGUUUAUGGAGUUGGUGUAUACAUUGCCAAGAAGGAUAUUCCCAAAGCCAGUACGUUGUUGGUGGGCAUGGCAGACAAGCUUAAGGAUCCAGAAGAGUCAGCCCAGGCUAUUGAGAAGUUGUUGGAUAAUGAUAUCAAAUUUUUGGUCCGUUUGGCACCCGUGAGAAAUACCGACUUUAAUCAUUUGAAAGAUGGGUUGAUUAAAUCGAUCUUGGCCCAUCCCAAGAGUAAGGAAAUGAAGGAGGAGUUGGGUAAUGGGCUCGAUGAAUUGAGAGAGGCAUUUACUAGAAAAGGGACAGUUCCAAAAAACCAUUUGUUGUAUUUAGAGAUGCUUGAUGGGGGGAAGUUGGCAUUGAGUUAUGUCAACCCCAAGAAGAAAGAGUAUAAGAUGGGGGAGGUUACGUGUCCGCUUGUUGCAAGACAAUUGAUGUUGCAGUACCUUUCGGGUGCCAAACCCUUAUCUCCAUCUCUACGCGAUAGUUGUAUAGAAGGAUUUAUUAAUUUAUAA